CAGUGCAGGAUGAGAGAAGUAGGAGAAAGCUAGUUGCAUUCGGUGGCUUCACUUUUCGCUCUGUACAAGCAGCUUCUCAGAAUCAGGUGUCAUUUCUGGCUGCUGGAGAAACUCACGCUAUCAGGAGUCAACAGACAUCUGCUGCCACACACACACACACACGCGUGCACGCUACCGCAGAGAUGAGCACAAAUGUGCAUUCGCUUAGUUGUCAGACGUAACCCGGCUCUGGAAUAGAAGAGCUCUGAAGCAGGUGGAGGCGAGAUGUCAGUAAAGCUGAAGUUUGAUUGUCCGGCCGAUGGCGGGAUGGUGCAGCGGAGCCGAUCCUUCACUGGAGUAAACGCACUCGGUGGCCGGAGAAGACUUUCGUCGGCUCGUAGCUCUCUCCGCUCAAAAGUUGUAGCAGGGAAAUCUCCCAGAAUGCCCUCCUCGAGUCGGGCGGGCAGCAGCAUCUGGGGGCAACAGCCUGAGCAGGUGGACAGGAUCUUUCAGGCUUUGAGGAAAGGGCUCAAGGACUACUUGGAAAACCAUCAAACAGAGCUAGACUUCCUGUCAUCCCAGCAGAGAGACACAAAGAGGAACUCCAGACUGGCUUUUUUCUAUGACCUGGAAAAGGAGAUACGAGCCUUAGAGAGAUACAUACGGCGCCUUGAGUUUCAAAUCAGUAAGGUAACACAGCUUGAAAAUACUUUAAUUUGGUUAUAUAUGCGAACGCUAGUCAGAUGCGCUAAGAAUAACCCUGUGUCAUGUGAAUGUGGAUUUAAACAGGUUGAAGAGCUGUAUGAGUCCUAUUGUAUCCAGUGGAGACUCUGCCAAGGAGCUUUGAACAUGAAGAGAGCUUUCUCUCUGUCCCCGUCUUCACGACAGUCUAGAGAAAGUCUGCUAGAGCUGAACCGCAACCACAGACACAGCCUGGAGGAUAUGUGUGCAAUGGAAGGAGAACUGGAAAUCCUGCUGGGCGAGCUGCAAAUCAAAAUGAAAGGGUUGAUAGGAUUUGCUCGACUCUGCCCUGGAGAUCAGUAUGAGGUGUUGGUCCGGCUGGGCCGACAGAGGUGGAGAAUCAGAGGUCGAAUCCAGACAGAUGACAGACAGCUGUGGGAUGAAGAAGAGAUGGUCUUCCUCCCUCACAUCCAUGGGAACUUUGAGAUUAAGGUAACAGAGGUCAAGGGGUUGAGCUCUAUCCUGGUUGGCAUGGUUACGUGCAGGAGUGCAGAUUUUUUCACGGCGAGGCCCCAGAUGAUGGUUGUGGACAUUACAGAGCUGGGAACCAUCAAGCUACAGCUAGAGGUGGUUUGGAAUCCAUUUGAUAGCUGUGAGGUGAGGCCUCUCACAGCGUCCGCCAGCCGCCAGUCCAUCCACAGCAGAAAGGGAUCCGUAUAUAGCUGGACGCCUCCCAACACACCCAGUUUCACUGAGAAAUACUUUCUAUCUAUGGUGCGUCAGAUACAGGAUGCGGAUGGCUCUUUCUCCAUUGGCUCACGUGAAUCGAGGGGCGUGUCUUUGCUCAGCUACCUGGCUGACUCCACCCAGGCACUCAGUCCUCCUGCCUAUGAGAAGACAAGCGACCCACCAGCCACACAACACCCCGUUCUAGACACUAAGUUACAGGAUGACGAUCUGCUCAAGACGCCCACAGAAGAUGCUGACGAGAGUGUGGAAUGGCCAUCGGAGACAGACACCGCUUCACCCAGUCCCGCGGGCAGCAAACGAGACUCCAUAUUCCUCUUCCACCGCUACAGCACGCCUGACAUCCUCAAGCAAAAUGGAGAGGCGACCCCCAGCACAGGUGAAGGAGACUCACAAGAGACGACGGCUCCGAAUGAGGCCCCUGAAGAGGAGUCCUCGUUCAAGCAGGGAAUUGAAGACAGACUCCUGGUGAAGGACAGAAAAGCGGGCAGAGCUCAGAAGAGAGCCGUGGCUAAGAGAGUCAGCUCACUGCUAGAAGACCUGAACACAGAGCUGCAGGAAGUGAGCAAUGCAGAGACAUUAAAGAAGCUAGAUCUGCAGAUACGCCAGCUGAACGAAGUCUUAAAGAAGGACCUUGACCCUCCACAGCCGCCCUCAUCUCAGACACUAGCAGUAGAGGAAGAGGAAGUGCUGGGCAGCUUCGACUUCCUCUCUGCAGAUUGUAAUGAAGAUGAAAUAUCAAAUGUGGGUAGCAUCAGACUCAGGUACACUGGCAUUGGUUCCUUUAACGAGAACACGCUGAAAAGCAUGGGUCUGUCAUCUCAGGAUAAAACCUCUCCGUCCUCAGAAGACGCAGCUGAGGGAGAGGUCAAGCAGAGAGGAGACAGUGCAGGAAAGCCGUCCCUCAGUACGGGGCUCUACGGCCUGGAUCAAGCUCUCGAAACCCACCUCAGUGUCUGCGCAGUGCUGCUGAGGGCUCUGAAGCGUUCCGAAUCCGAUCUCGUGCACAAAGACGUGAUGGAGGAGCUCUCGCGGCAAGUUGACGUGCUCGAAAAAACCGUCACUCUGUCACAAAGGCAGAUAGAGGAGAUCUCGGUGUCAGAACUGUUGGCUGGAGCUCCUAAGGGGAUUGAAGUAUUUUGGAAGGAGUGCUGCGAGAGUGACUUGCCUUUCUGCUGCUCCACGGAUGGCUUUCUCAGGACACUGCGCAAACAUUACAUCCACAAAGUCAAAGCCAAACAGCCAGGCCAGGCUGAUGCAGUUUUCAGUCAGUUGCUGCAUCAGGUGCAGUGCAGCUGUAUGAUGGCGUCUGUGACUCCGUGCACUACAGACCGAGUGACUGUGUUUCAGAUGUUAGUCUACCUCAACAGAUGGAGCAUCACUGACUUUGGGGAGCACAUCUCUCUCCUCUCUAAAGAAGUGUAUCUAAUAGCCAGUCUGGAGAGUCCCAAGAGGAGGCGAGCUCUGAAGAAGCUGAAAGGCAAGCGCGUCUCUGAGCUGCAGCCGACGGGACGCACGCUCCGGCUCCUGAGCAAGCUGCAGACAGACCCCAAUCACAAGGUGGCUUCAGCGGCCGCGUCCUGCCUCGGCAGGGCCUCGCGGUCCAAAUCCUUCAGGGCGAAGGCGGUGGUUCACUACACAGAUCUGCUGAGAAACAGCAACACACACGUGCGGCACGAGGCCUGUCUGGCUCUGAAAAGUCUGAAGGCCUCAGAGAGCGCAGAGCAGGUGGCUGAACUGUGGCGCUCUACAGAUGAAGACCUGAGGAACGCCGCACGAGAGACCGUGCUGUCCUUCGGUAAGAAAGGCCACAUGGCUUUCCAGCGUAUGGACCAGAUCUACGAGCUACAGGACGAGGCUUACAAGAACCUGGAAACGGAAAUCACAAUCUUAUAGGAAGACCAAAAACUCUUUUGGAUUGGAUGGUGCUGAGAGAAUGUGAGGUUUUGAUUGAACACAUUUUAUCUGCGUGUUCACACAUUGCCAAGUAUUUAAUAUGCAGUUUUAUUAUUUUAUAUGUUCUUUUAAGUAAUUAUUUUAAUUUUUUUAAUUUUAAAUGAAAUAUUUAUGAAUAAACCGUCUUCUAUAUUUCUCAUGUAUCAAAAUGAGUAAACAUGAAAUAUAUUUACAAUAAAUGUAAAUAAGAGAA